AUGUGUGUCCGUGUGGCAGCACCCGAGGGUGCGCUCAGCUCCCGAGGCGUCUCCCUGCUAACACCUUCCCCUCAGCUGUCUGCUAAGCCUACCCCGGCUUGCCAGCCCAGGGGCUUCACAGCUCCAGCCAGCUCCAGCCGCCGCUCUGCUGGGUUCUGCAACGUGGGUGUCCUAACAGGCUGUUGCCCAGUGGGCCAGAGGGGGCCUGGAGCCCCAGGUCUGUCAGGGCCAUGCCGCUGCUUCUGCCACAUGUUGCUUGGCCUGGUGGGCAGUGCCACCUGAGCCAUCUUCCUGGGCACACCCAGCCCUCGCUGGGUUCCACGUUCCACACCCUCUGCAGAGCGCAGGCCAGCUGUCCAUGGGCGGGCUGCCCCCUGGCUCCUGUGGCUGCUCCUGGCCAGAAUGGUGGCUGAGGUAGCUGCCUGGGGCCAUCGUGGAGCCCCUGGUGAGGUGAGUGGGCGGGCGGGGCCUGGCCUGAGCUUGUUUCUGCCUCUGGCGGGGCCUGGCAGCAGGUGUGGGGGCUCAGGCUCUGCCAGUCACCCUGGCCCAGUGAGCUGGUGUCUUUGCAGGUACAACAGCUUGAGCAUCCUGCCGGCCGCCCUGGGAAAGCCCGUGCGAGACGUGGCUGCCAAGGCUAAGGCAGCUGGCAUCCAGGGGAACCUGUCCGGUGACCUGCUGCAGAGUGGAGGACUGCUGGUGGUCAGCAAAGUGUGGCCUGGUCAGGUGGUGGUUGCAGGUGGCCUCUCAGGUUGCCCUGACCACCUGCCUGCCACCACAGGUGGGGAUAAAGUUCUGCUGCACUUCAUUCAGAAGUCCCCGGGUGACUAUGUCCCCCGUGAGAGCAUCCUGAAGGCCCUGGGCAUCUCUGCAGAGGUUGCCACCAGCGAGCCACCCCCGUGUGAUGAGGAGGUGUGUGGGAGGUGACAGCCCUGGCCUCCGUGGACCUGGAAGGCAUCUGCUGCCUUAGUCUCCUGGGUGCUCAAUCAGAAGAACCAUGCCAGUGGGGUGCUGGCUGCGACACAGAGCCUUGUCUGAUUCUCGGGCAGCACUGAGCCAUUAAAACUGCUGUCUUUGGG